AGAGAGAGAGAGAGAGAGAGAGAGAGAGAGAGAGAGAGAGAGAGAGAGAGAGAGAGAGAGAGAGAGAGAGAGAGAGAGAGAGAGAGCAGCCGCCGGCCCAUUGAGGAAAGAUGGCUACAGUCAGUGCAAACGGAGUGCAGCAGGAGAAUGGAUUCAGCACCACGAACAGCGCCGGCAGGAUGAACGGGCUCACCAUCGGACAGAACACCAUCCCCAUGAAGGACCACGACGCCAUCAAGCUCUUCAUCGGACAGAUUCCCAGAAACCUGGAGGAAAAAGACCUGAAACCCCUGUUUGAGGAAUUCGGAAAGAUAUACGAACUCACUGUACUGAAAGACAGGUUUACGGGAAUGCAUAAAGGAUGUGCCUUUCUAACAUACUGCGCCAGAGAGUCUGCACUGAAGGCCCAGAGCGCCCUCCAUGAACAGAAGACUCUGCCAGGGAUGAACCGCCCCAUCCAGGUGAAGCCAGCCGACAGUGAAGGACGAGGAGAAGACAGGAAACUGUUUGUGGGAAUGCUCGGCAAGCAGCAGAGCGAGGACGAUGUUCGACGGCUGUUUGAGACCUUCGGCCAGAUCGAAGAGUGCACCGUCCUACGAGGGCCUGAUGGGGCCAGUAAGGGCUGUGCCUUUGUCAAGUUCUCCAGCCACGCAGAAGCGCAGGCUGCCAUCAACAGCUUACACGGUGGACAGACAAUGCCUGGAGCCUCAUCCAGUCUUGUGGUAAAGUUUGCGGACACUGACAAAGAGAGAACCCUACGUAGGAUGCAUCAGAUGGCAGGCCAACUUGGCAUCUUCAGUCCCAUGACUAUCCAGUUUGGGGCCUAUGGCGCCUACUCUCAUGCUCAGAUGAUGCAGCAACAAGCAGCCCUGAUGGCGGCGACACAAGGGUCCUACAUGAAUCCCAUGGCAGCCAUCGCUGCCGCACAAAUGCAGCAAAUGGCAGCUUUCAACGUCAACGGCUUGGUGGCAACUCCAAUGACGCCGUCGUCAGGAACCAGCACACCUCCAGGCAUCAGCGCCACAGCGGUGCCCAGCAUAGCCACGCCUAUUGGUGUCAACGGAUUCAGUGCCCUUCCACCUCAGACUAAUGGGCAGCCCACCUCUGAGCCUAUUUACACCAAUGGUAUUCAUCCUUAUCCAGCACAGAGUCCGACGGUCACCGACCCUCUCCAACAAGCUUAUGCUGGAGUCCAACACUACGCAGCAGCCUAUCCCGCUGCCUAUGCGCCAAUCAGCCAAGCGUUCCCCCAGCAACCAACCAUCAUUCCCCAGCAACAGAGGGAAGGUCCAGAAGGUUGCAACCUGUUCAUUUAUCACUUGCCGCAAGAGUUCGGAGAUGCGGAGCUAAUGCAAAUGUUCCUGCCUUUCGGCAAUGUGAUCUCCGCCAAAGUCUUUGUGGACCGAGCAACCAAUCAGAGCAAAUGUUUUGGUUUUGUGAGUUUUGAUAACCCAUCCAGUGCUCAAGCCGCUAUCCAGGCCAUGAAUGGCUUUCAGAUCGGCAUGAAGAGGCUGAAGGUGCAGCUAAAGCGGCCAAAGGAUGCCAACCGACCUUACUGACUCAUCUACUGUCAAUACCCAGUGUGCAGUGGCCUUUCUCCGCUAUAGCCACACACACUCCCCUUCCCACACCUGUCACGGGGCCAAGUUCCCACAGCUGAUGAAGGGCCACAACACCUUAUUUCCACAAGUGCAGUAAAAGUACAAAGACUUCUUGCUCUGCUACAUAUCAUGAAGGAAGGGUGGUCCCUUGAUCCUGCUGGAAACCCUCUGAAAGAUUGGGUGACUAAGUGAAGGAUCCCAGUUCCACCCCCCCCCCCCCCACCCCCACCCCCCUUUCUUUCUUCGCAAAUGCCUCUUUUUUCCCUGUUUUGCUUCUGCGCCUGUGGAAGAAGAUUUGUUGCAGAGACCAACUUUUUUGCUGCUGUUUUUUUUAGACGUGAUUGGGGGAAAAAAAAAAAAAAAAACCUUUAUAGACUCAUUAUGCUCAAAGCAUGCAUACUGACACAGGAUAUAAAUAGACAUGCAUAAACACUAAUAGCAAACCAAACACACGUUUAAAGAAAUACACCUGAAAAAAAAAAACAAAACAAAAAAGAACUGAAAAAAAACCUCUUUGUAUAUGUAUAAAUACGUGCAAAUGCCAACUCAAGAACUGAAGCAAAUACAUGCGCCUGCGCAAACACACACAAACACACACACAUACACACACACCAGCCUGCUGCCAUUUUGGUUUUUUGUGCCUACACAGGUGUUGUGCUCUGUGAAAGGGCAAGCUCUGAAUAGAAGAAGAAAAGAAGAAGAGGAGAAUCCAGGAAAACUUACAUGCAUCAUUCCUUAGGAAAUAGGGACCAAAGGACUAAAUGCUUUUUAAAAGAAUAUAAAUAUAUAAAUAUAUAAAUAUAUAUUUAAAAACUCAUACCUUGUAGCUGCAAGUAUUACAAUUUAUUCGUAGUCAAAAAAGUCAUUAAAUCAAUAUCCAGUGGCCUACUGUAAGUAUGAAUAAAAAGAAUGUGGAAAUAAUGUAUUAAAAAAGACAGAAUUGUAGUAUAGAGGGUUCACUGUUUCCUCUGGAUGCUGAUUUAGCACCAGGUUGUAGAAUAGUAAAAGUAGUUUAGAAAAAAAAAGUACAUUUACCAACACCGACAUUUGCUGUUGUUGAAAAGAUACUUGAAGUUGUAAUGAAAA